CAGUGACACAACACAGGCUCCAGGCUCCAUGGACCAAACUGUUACUGUCAGAGAGUGAAGAGACAGACCUGUGGACCAGUAAACCACUGAUACCAGGGCAUCACAGGGAUUAAUUGUUCAACGCCUCCAUAAAAUCGCUUCUCAGAACUCAUCAUGGAUAUGGAUUCUGUGUACCAGUAUUUAGGGUAUCCAGCACAAGCCAACGACGAUUCAGGGACUUCAAGCUGGGAUAACCUAUGGCUGUACGGCGUGGGCACCUUCGUGGUUCUGUGGACGCUAGGCUGGCUGUACAGAGACAGUCUGGAGAUAGAAGAUAUCAAGGACAAGUAUGUGUUUGUGACGGGGUGUGACUCUGGCUUUGGGAACUUGCUCUGUAAGAGGCUGGACCGGCGGGGGUUCAGGGUGAUAGCUGGGUGUCUGACGGAGAAAGGGGCUGAUGAUCUGAAGAGGGCGACUGGGCCGUACCUGAAGACGGUUCUCCUAGAUGUGACGAGCACCGUCAGUAUACAGAAAGCCUUGGAGUACACCAAGCAGGAAGUUGGAGAUAACGGACUGUGGGGCAUCGUGAACAACGCGGGGCGGUCCCUGCCCAUGGGUCCCUCAGAGUGGAUGAGGCUGGAGGACUAUACCAGUACCCUGAAGGUCAACAUGACGGGGGUGAUAGAGAUAACCCUAACCUUCCUGCCCCUCAUCAAACAGGCCCAGGGCAGGAUCGUUAAUGUAGCAUCGGUACUGGGCAGGGUGGCAGCUAACGGUGGUGGAUACUGCAUCUCAAAGUUUGCUGUGGAGUCUUUCUCAGACUGCCUCAGGAGGGAUAUCCACUACUUUGGGAUCAAGGUGUGCAUCAUUGAACCAGGGUUCUUUAAGACAGCUGUGACCAGUCUGGAUCCCAUCGAGAGUGAGCUGCAUCGCCUGUGGAACCAGCUCACACCUGAAGUGAAGGCCAGCUACGGAGACAAAUACCUGGAUAAGUACAUCCAGAUCCAGCGGUUGAUCAUGAACGCAGCGUGUGACUCGGACCUGAGUAAAGUGACUAACUGCAUGGAGCAUGCCUUGGCGUCUGCCUACCCCCGAACCCGCUACAGUGCUGGCUGGGACGCUAAAUUCGGAUGGAUCCCCCUCUCUUACAUGCCAUCCUGUGUCAUCGAUAUUGGGCUGAAACUGGUGAUGCCACGUCCUGCUAAGAGUGUCUAGAGUUACAUUUAAAAGAGUUAAUAGCGUACAAUACAUUGCAAUACAAUACACAAUACGAUAUAACCCAAUACUAUACAAUACAACACUAAACAAGUUCAAACUUACAGAACCUAGAGUAGCCUACACAUCAUAACUCUAUUUAGAAAAGUUAAUUCAAUGCAUUUGUUUACAGGCCUACUGUCUGUCUUUCUAGAUGGUAUCCUAUAGUUUGUUUACAGGCCUACUGUCUGUGUUUCUAGAUGGGUAUCCUAUAGUUUUGAAAGAGAACAUAGAAUAUUUGAAUUAUUAUGCUGUUUGCCAACCUACUGUGCCUUUUCGUCACUGUUAUUGAUGUUGCUUAAUUUUGAGCGAUAUUGUUAACUUUGUAGGUAAAAUCUUUAUGAAACCUACCUACAACAAGCAGUUUGAACAAAUGCACUAAUAACCCUCAUAUUCAAUAAGUCUGUUCUUAUUGAAAGAACUGAUGUCCAUUAUAUGAACACAAAUAAUAAAAUGAGACCAAUUAAUGA